AUGACCGCAGUUCGCCAUGGCUGACAGAGAGGAGCACCAGGGUCUGCUGGAUGGAGAUAAAGAUGAAGAUGAGGGUGAUAAAGCGCCGUCCGCACACCUCAACCCUAUCUGUGACCCCAACCACCUGCUGCACCGCAUCCUGGUGCUCAUCUUCAUGUGCUUCCUGGGCUUCGGUAGUUAUUUUUGUUAUCAGGACAUGAAUCUGAACACGGCCUCCUUCAUGCAGCUGUACGCCUGGUACUCCUGGCCCAAUGUGGUCCUGUGCUUCCUGGGCGGAUUCCUGCUGGACCGAGUGUUCGGCAUCAGGCUGGGGACUGUGAUCUUCUCCUUGUUUGUGUUAGUAGGGCAGAUCAUAUUCGCCGCCGGCGCUCUGGCCAAUCACUUCUGGCUGAUGAACGUGGGCCGCUUUGUGUUCGGGAUCGGUGGCGAGUCUCUGGCUGUGGCUCAGAACACGUAUGCGGUCAACUGGUUUAAAGGGAAAGAGCUCAACCUGGUGUUCGGCCUGCAGCUCAGCAUGGCCAGACUGGGCAGCACGGUCAACAUGAAUGUGAUUGGUUGGGUGUACGGCCGUAUUCAGAUGAGCAUGGGCUCUGCAGGACCCACUACACUCGGGAUAACACUCAUGAUCGCGGCGUCCACGUGUCUCUUCUCUCUCAUCUGCGCUCUGGUUUUGGGCUUUCUGGACAAACGGGCUGAGAGGAUCCUCAAUAAAGAGCAGGGCAAAACUGGUGAAGUCAUCAAGCUGACGGACGUCAAGGACUUCUCGGUCUCCCUCUGGCUGAUCUUCAUCAUCUGUGUGGCGUAUUAUGUGGGUGUGUCUUACUCUCUGCUGGCCUGCGCUCUGUGGCCCAUGGUGGCGUUUGUGGUGCCGGAGCAUCAGCUGGGGACGGCCUACGGAUUCAUGCAGUCCAUCCAGAAUCUGGGUCUGGCCGUGAUGUCCAUCGCUGCCGGGAGUAUACUGGACGUCAGAGGAUAUCUCUUCCUGGAGGUCUUCUUCAUCGCCUGCCUGUGCAUGGCUCUGCUGGCAGUGGUCUUGCUGUAUCUCUUCGAUUAUUACAAAGAGGGAGGACUGAACCUGUCAGCCGCCACACGAUCCAAAAGAGCCAAACCUGAGUGAUCGCUCUCUCCUUCUCUGGUUUUCUGUCCUUCACUUGGGCCUUUCUGCACUGAACUCUUUCAGACACGUCACUGAGCGUUUCAGAUCGGCAUCAAACUCCCACAAUCCUUCACUUCAGCAGCUCUCCUGUGAACUAAACACCACACAACAGCCGGACGGUCACAAAAACACACUGCACAAGAUUUUGUGACUUAUUUUACCUCUUAAACACAAUUGUGGUAGUCCGGAGAGAGCAAAAACAUGCAUCGUUUUAAUUUUAAAGAAUUUAAUCUACUAUUUUAACUAUUUUUAAUGCAUUACCAUGUGCGCUGCAAAAAAAAAAAAAAACGAUGAGUUUUUGUCUUGUUUUUACUCCAAAUAUCUAAACUUUCAAAUCAAGAAGC